GUGAGGAGCGGGUUCGAGCUCUGUACGCACCAGCUGGUGAGUGCGCGCCGGGGCGGAGGGGAGGGAGGAGGCGUGCCGAGCGGCGUGGAGGGAAGUUGUGCUAGGGGCGGGGAGAACAAUGCGAAGGGGGAAGCGGAAUGCGCAGUUAAGGGAGGCGAGAGUGCUGGGCAGUAAGCUGCCGUUAAUGAGGGAAGCGGGGGAAGCGUGCAGGCGUAGAGGGAAAGAAGGGAGAAAGCAAAUAGGUUCGGAAAUGUGAAUUAGAGGGGUAUGGGCGGGCGCUAGGACCAGGCGUUGGGGAGGUGUGGCUUUCGGGCUGCUCAAGCGCGCACUUGCCUGGCGGUGACGCGGUAACGGCGGAGGUCUCCGGCAGGGACAAAACACCGCAAGGGGAGGAGACUCCGCUGCUUUUGGCCUCGGCUCACCUCUCCCCGCGCGCUUUCCCGCUCCCUCUUCCUCUUACUGUUUGGGGGCGCCAAAAACCUCCUCCAGCUCUGGUCCAGGGCCACCAGACUUUCCUGGGGCCUCACAGCACCUUCCCCGUUUCACCGCGUACCCUUGCUCACCGGGGUCGGAUGGUGGAGGCCUUGGGGGACGCGGCCGCUGGUUGGCUUCUGCGAGCGCGGGGCGGGGCUCGUGGGCGACGCUUGACCUCGGCGGGCCUCACUAUCUUUCCCGCCAUGUCGUUCGUGGAGAGCGGGAGGCUUCGCCGUCGUGGCACCCCUGUCCCUUUCGGUCGGCCGUCGUUUUCCACUUUCAGUCAGGGAGACAGUUGGGGUGAGGGUGAAGUCGACGAAGAGGAGGGAUGUGACCGAGUGGCCCGUGACUUACGGGCGGAGUUCUCGGCUGGGGCGUCGUCGGAACCUAGAAAGAUCUCGCUACUCCCGCCAGGUGGGGACGGGUCUCCGGUCCUCCCGGAUAAGCGGAAUGGCAUCUUCUCGGCGGACGCGGGCUGCCGAACCCAGGCUCGGCGGUGGCCUGUCCAGGUCCUCUCUAUUUUAUGUUCUCUGCUGUUCGCCGUCCUCCUCGCCAUCCUGCUCGCCAUCACCUACCUGAUCGUAAAAGAGUUACAUGCUGAGAAUUUGAAGAAUGAAGAUGAUGUACACACUGGGCUGUUAGGAUUCUGGACUCUACUCAUAAUAUCCUUAACUGCCGGAUUCUCCUGCUGCAGCUUUUCUUGGACAGUGACUUAUUUUGAUUCUUUUGAACCAGGAAUGUUUCCUCCUACUCCUCUUUCACCUGCUAGGUUCAAAAAAAUGACUGGACAUUCUUUCCACAUGGGCUAUAGCAUGGCAAUUUUGAACGGCAUUGUAGCUGCUCUUACUGUAGCGUGGUGCCUCAUGUAAACCCACACUGAAGCAAUAUUCUUGACAAAACUUAGUCUUGAUUGCUUUGUAGUAACAGGGAAGAUCAUUGCCUACUCAGAAGACCAAGAAACCUGCUGUUCAUUAUAUGGUUCAGAUACCUGUCAUGAUGAUGAUGAUGAUGAUGAUGAUGAUGAUGAUGAUGAUGAUGAUGAUGAUGAUGAUGAUUCAUUAUGGAGGACUUUUUGAGCAUCAUUGUAGAGCCUAGGCAUUGGGAAUAUCUGAAUAUUAAGAUUCAAGUAAUUCUUAAAAGUGUAAGAUGUUUACCUCAUCUUUUUACUUUUGUGUGUGUUGUCCUUUUUGAGUUGUAGAAAACAUUUUAGUAGAACUCAAACUCUAAAACUUGAAUACAGGACAAUGCUUGCCUUCCCAUGUAUAUGUAUAUACUACAUUUUUGCUGAGAAAUACUGAAAGUAUUGUUUAAUUGAGAUAGAAAUAUUUGUUAUUUAUUCAUUGUAUUAGGAAAGCAAACAAUGCCUAUUUGACAUUUUAUAGAAACUCCUUUUAAAUCAGAAUAUUUAGUUUUUGAUAUAGAAUCAAUAGAAGGUGAAUUUAUAUUUUUAAUGGGGCAUAAUUCCUUAUGUGUUUUUUUACAUAUUUUCCUACUAUAUGUUGAAUUUGUAUGUUUUUAAAAUUGUUACAUCUAGACAAAUGUAAAUGUUAUUUUUUAGCUGGUACAAACAGUAUCAUUUUUAGUUAAGUAUUUUGUCUUUUAAGAAAAGCACAUUGGCCCGAGUUUAAAACUAAGUAAACUUAUUUUUAAUAAAAAAUGACUGAAAAAAGUUUAAUUAUUUAAGCUAUGAAAAUAUUGAGAAAUUUGAAGAUGUUCACUUUCCAUUUUCACAAUUCCAAGUAUUUAUCUUGGUGUAUAUAUGGUUAAUUCAACAGACUAAUAUUUUGCUUUUAAUUAAUAUAAACCUUAAAUUUCUAUAUUCAGAAAUGCUUGAACUAGUUUGUUUUUAUCUCCAAAAUUUAGUCACCAAAAUAGAAAAGGUAUUUUGAUACAAUAUGUGUACAUGCAUAAUUUUUUCAUAUACAGUUCUGUAAUUUUCCUGUUUAAAUUUUCUGUAACUGCUGUUUUGUUAUUAUUUUCAUUGUAAUUAAGCCUUAAUUGUUCCCAUUUCCCUUCUAAAUACCUGUUUAGAAUAGUCACUUCAAUUUUAGAAAGAUGGACUAUUUAAAAUACUUUUUCCUGGUGAUAGAAAAACCUACAUUAUGUUAGCAUUGUGUAGCAAAACUGCUUAUUCAGGCCAAAUGAGAAAUGAAUAUGUGCAGUGUGUUCCUGUUAUCUACUAAGUGUUGUUACUGAGUAAAUGAUUUAAUGAUGUUUCUAAA